AUGGAUCCCAAUAGAUCACCCCCACCACCACCACCACCCGAAAUUCUCAGCUCGAAAAUCUCCAGCUACGUCUCAAAACUCAGAACCGUUCCUCCAGACCACUUCUUCCAGGCACCGAACCCGCCCCAGUACGUGGAUUUAUUCGACGCACCUACUGGGCCCUAUUUCUUCUAUGGUACGUUGGCCGAUCCGUCCAUGCUUCGUGAAAUUUUGGGGCUGGAAACCGAGCCCGAGCUACGCCCAGCACAAUUAUCGGGCUACGAAUGCAAGUUGUGGGGACAAUACCCUGCACUAUUGGAUUGUCCGGACACCGUGGUUGACGGUGCAGUGUAUGAUGUCAAAACCGUUGAGCAUGGGAAGAAGCUUGCAGCAUAUGAAACACAAAACUACCAAGCCGGCCUUUGUCACAGAUGUCCGCUAUACUGA